AACAGGUGUAGACUUAGCACGGUUCUUUUUCCGAUCAAGUUGUGGUGACUCGACAAAUCAACUGUGUCUCAGUGCACUUCUAUUCUAUCAAGAUGUCGGAUUCGGAAAUCAGUACCGCCCUUGCACACGUAGCAGACGUUCUCGGUUCGGCCAGCUAUGUUGACAAGGAGGUGUUCAUUUACAUUCAGAAAUUCAGAGAUAUAUCAUCGUUCAGUCUCGAGAAUGAACCGGGCACACGGAAGUUUUGUGCAUUGCAGCCGCGCGGACAGGGCGAGUCGCACCAGGUUUGGGCAAUGGAACAUUUCGAUACUGAGUCCGCUCUUGCAAAACACCGCGCAUCUCCUUUGGUUGAAAGCAUGCUGUCCUGGUUGCAAGAAGCUAAGCCAAAUGGUCCUAAUCCGCUACCGAUCCCGGUACCCCUUCAGAUUCUAAAAGGCUCAUUUGUACGCCCCUCAAUCAAGGACGUCCAAGAUCCAUACAUUGUCAUCACGCAAAUGGGAGUGCACCACGAGGAACUCCCUGUUGUCGAGGAUGGAUUGUUGGAGUUCAGUGCGAAGCUUGAUUCGCUAGAGAAUGUGCUGAUGUUCACGCCUGCAAAGGCGGACAAGGCCGUCUGGGUUAUCGCGGCUUAUAAAACCAAGCGGGACUACGUAGAAAGUGGAUUCCGCAAGGAAAGUCUUGAUGGAAGACUAAAGCAGGGUAUGAUUAGCAUGUGGGAGGAGAACAUAUUGAAACUCAUCGUUGGGUAUCUAGUUCGUAGCUGAAACUGAAACUGAAAUAUGCAAGGUAGAUUGGACUGAAAGUUUGCUUGUAGCGCUCAGGACGGAGACUCGGCUCUCGAGAUGCCGGAUGUGCAGGGUGGUGAAUCGCGAACACUCCAACAUAUUACCGGGGUUGCAGUUCUGCGGCUUAUGAGCGCCCAGGCGCCACUGGUUCGCUCAAGCACCAUCGCAUCAUCUAAGUAGCCAGUAGUGAUAAAAGCCGUGUGCCCCCUCGGCACUGCUGGAAGUAAAAGCACCGUGUUCUUGCCAGGUUGAAAAUAUGAUUCGGUAUCAAGUGCUGUGUAUUCUCCUCGC